AUGGCACAGAGUGGUAGUGUAAAAGCAGAGAGUCCACAAAGUGAUGGUGUGAAAGAGGAGAGUCCACAGAGCGACGGUGUGAAAGAGGACAGUCCACAGCGUGGUGGCGUAAAAGUAGAGAGUCCAGAGAGUGGUGGCAUGGAAGCAGAAAGUCCACAAAGUGUUGACGUCAAGAUGGAGAGUCCACAGAGUGGUGUCGUGAAAACAGAAAGUCCACAUGACUCAGGCAUGGAGUGA